AUGGCCCUUCAAGAGCAAAUCGUUGAAACCAAAGGUGCUUUCGGACGCACCUCUUCCCUUUGCAGGAAGAAAGCGUUCGGUGGGACCAUCGUCGUUCUCAUUGUGGCAUUAGGAGCUAUCGUUUCCACUGUUUUGGCCGGGAAGAAAUCGUCCACAGUGCUUGCCGAUUCUAGAGCUAUCGAACGCGACUACGAUGAUUUCACCCAUGACAACGAUAAGAGAAAGUUGCCAGCUGGCAACAUUGAUGUGUCUAAGCAGUGGGAUAACUUUUUCAAGUCGGAAGAAGCUGAAGUUGCCUCGGUGCAAAGCUCGUCCGCUGAUCACGAUCUUACCCAAGCUCAGAGAAACUUGCGACCUGGCAAGUUUCCAACCCCUCCAGGUCUCGUUGUAGCCCCAGUGCACGCGCCGGUGCUGGCUCCAACACUUGGAACACGACCCCAAUUCAAGCCUGCUCCGCCCUCACGACCAACACUGCAGCCGACACCUAGACCUACAUCGGCUCCAACCCCUGGACCGACACCAAAUCCUACUCCUGAUCCUACGCCUGGCCCCACUCCCAAUCCGACACUGGGUACAAAGCCGUCUCGAAAUCCUACACCUGGACCGACACCAAAUCCUACACUAGGUACAAAGCCGUCUCGAAAUCCUACACCUGGACCGACACCAAAUCCAACACCUGGUACAAAGCCGUCUCCCGAUCCGACACCUGAACCGACACCAAAUCCUACUUCGGAUCCAACUACCGGCCCUACCGCAGCCCCCACACCUGUACCAACUACAGCUCCAACAGCAGCUCCGACCCGCGUACCAACAGCUGGACCCAGUCCAGACCCUACUUCAUUGCCAACAACUGGACCAACUGCUGCCCCAACCCGAGCACCAACUUCUGGACCAACGGCAGCUCCAACUUCCCCUCCAACUCGAGGCCCCACUGAAGGCCCUACCCCUGCUGCAACACAGGCGCCAACUCCUGGACCCACACCAAGCCCUACCACAGCACCUACACUUGUACCGACUACAUUACCCAGCGAAAGCCCGUCCUCGCGCCCUUCCUCUGGCCCUACGGUACCGCCCACGGCUGGACCAACUAAAGCUCCAACUAAAGCUCCAACUACAGCUCCAACUACAGCUCCAACUACAGCUCCAACUACAGCUCCAACAAAUGGACCAACAAAUGGACCGAGUCCCGACCCUACAUCAUUGCCCACAAGUGGACCAACGGUAGCUCUAACUCGAGCACCAACGAAUGGACCAACAUUAGCUCCAACCCGAACACCAACAUCUGGACCUAGUCCUGACCCUACUUCACUGCCCACAACAGGACCGACAACAGCACCAACAGCUGCAUCCACUCUAUCUCCGACUUCACAGCCAACAACGCCAUGUUUUCAAACCAACAGUGAGCUCUCUCGUGCAGUUGAUCGAUGGUUUCUGUCUUCUGAUUACAAGGCAUCAGUAGAGGCCCAAUAUGGAUUGAUCGGAGAAUGGUGUUUUGGUCCAGGUGUCACCAGCAUGAGAGACCUUUUCAGGGAUCGUUCUACUUUCAACGAGGAUAUUGGAGGUUGGGACGUCUCUUCUAUCACUGAUAUGGGAUUCAUGUUCUUGCGUGCAACUUCCUUCAACCAAAAUAUAGGAUCAUGGAAUGUGUCUUCUGUCACCAACAUGGAAUACAUCCUGAACCAGGUACCAUCCUUCGAUCAGCAGUUGUCAUCAUGGGAUGUGUCCUCUGUCACCACCAUGCAAGCCGCCUUUGCUUAUUCACAUUCCUUCAAUGGCGAUAUUUCAUCCUGGGAUGUGUCUUCCGUCCGAAAUAUGUUUGGAAUGUUUUAUGGAACAUCAUCUUUCAAUCAGAAUAUCUCACCUUGGAAUGUUUCCGCUGUUACAAACAUGGGGCGGAUGUUCAUAAGCGCAAAAUCCUUCAAUCAAGACAUCUCCAAUUGGGAUGUGUCCUCUGUCUCUAACAUGUAUGGAAUCUUCAGUGGUGCAUCCGCAUUGAAUCAGAAUCUUUGUCCAUGGGGCUUGCGCCUUCCAAGCAAUGCUGAAGUUAACGAUAUGUUUCCAAGCGCCAACAGCUGCCCAUCACGAUCCAGUCCAAACCUCUCCCGGAAUCCACCAAGUCCCUUUUGCCACGUUUGUCUUCUACCUCCGCCAGAGCCUUAUUUUCAAACCAACAUUGAGCUUUCUGUUGCGGUUGAUAGAUGGUUUCAGUCAUCUGAAUUGAAGGCAUCAGUCGAGGCCCAAUAUGGCCCGAUCGGAGAAUGGAUUUUCAGUCCAGAGGUCACAAGCAUGUUCGCGCUAUUCAGGGACCGUUCUUCUUUCAACGAGGAUAUUAGCAAGUGGGAUGUCUCUUCCAUCACUGACAUGAGAUACCUGUUCGAUCAUGCAUCAUCCUUCAAUCAAGACUUGUCUUUAUGGGACGUUUCUUCAGUCACUGACAUGACGUACAUGUUCAGAACGGCAACUUCCUUCGACGGAGACGUGUCACCAUGGGACGUUUCAUCCGUUACUAAUAUGCAUGGAAUGUUCUCUGAAGCAACUUCCUUCAACCAAGAUCUAUCAGCAUGGGACGUUUCUUCUGUUACCAACAUGAAUUGGAUGUUUCGCACUGCAUCAAGUUUCAAUCAAGACUUGUCAUUAUGGGACGUUUCUUCCGUCAUCAGCAUGGGUAGCACGUUCUCCUGGGCUUCUUCCUUCAACGGAGACGUAACAUCAUGGGAUGUCUCUUCUGUGCUAUAUAUGAAUUGGAUGUUCAGCAACGCAAGAGCUUUCAAUCAAGAUUUGUCGACAUGGGAGAUUUCUUCUGUCGCAGAUAUUUCGUACAUGUUCCAUGAAGCAGAAUCCUUCAAUCAGGAUCUUUGUCCUUGGGGCUUGCGCAUUCCUAGCAGUGCCGAUGUUGACAAAGCGUUUUUCGGCGCAUCCAACUGCCCAUCGCCAUCCGAUCCAAACCUCUCUGCGAAUCUGCCAGGCCCCUUUUGCCACGUUUGUGUAUAG